AUGUUACCAAAAAAAUGCACUCAUAUACGUAUCAGAGAUUAUAACGAUUACACCACUGAUGUAGAAAAAUUAAUUAAAUCUAUAGAAGAUGAAUACAAAAUAGAUUUUCGAUCGUUACCGGAUUGGAAGCAUUUAGUGAAACGUUUGCAUGUUGCAAAGACGGAUUGUAAACAAAAACUUCGAGAUGCACGCCUGCGAAAAUCUAUGAUAAUAGAUAAGUUAUAUAUACAGGCGACAAGACCAUCACCCUUUGAACUAUCGUCAGGAUUAUGCAGAACAGCCAGCAAAUGGCGUAAAAUAGAGAUGGAACUGAAAAAACCAAAACAACCUCCGAUUCCCUUAUUAGAUUUAAUGGCUCUAACAGCUGCAAAAGAACUGCCCGAAACUCCUCAUCAGAACACAGAAAUUUUUUCUUCUGAAUUUUCAACUUCCGCUGAAUCGAUAGUUUCUGUGCCGUCAAAAGUUAAUGUAGAGGUCCAAGUGGAGUCACCAGUAGAACCGCCUCGAUUACCAAUUUGUAUUUCUACCAAUGCUCAUAAGUUGUUUCCUUCUCCUGGGUCCAAAUUUAGUCGAAUUAGCUUUAGAUCCAUUUUCUCUGAAACUGGCGGCAGCGUCGUGUCAGAUAGUGAUAAAGAAGAGUGGCAACGUUUAAAACCCACGAAGCGAGUAGUAUGUACUCCGACGCCUAUUGUGCUGAAAGACAACUCUUUGAAAAAACAAUCCGUUCAAUUUACAGUAACAAACUGUACAGGCGAAUUCAUGCAUAUUAGAUUUGAGAAAGUUAUAGAUGAUUCUCAUUUCUUAAAAACGAAGAUAUUGCCUGUUAUUCCAAAACGAGUUUAUCCUGGUAUAUCUGUAGUAUAUAAAUUGAUAUUCACCCUAAAGACUCCAGAUGAAUUUGAAUCGGGCCUAUAUUUUAAAGUUGGUCCAGAUGUUUAUGAUGGUGCUGCUCCAGAAGCCUUUUGUAUCCCAAUCGUCAGUGCAUUUACUAUAUCUCGCUGUGCGAUAAUGCCAGAAUCAAUAACUUUUCCAUCAGUUUAUCCUUGGCAUUUUAAAAGGAAUGAUUUGUAUACAACGACAAAUAUUGAAAUAGCCAUUAACGAUCCUUACACUUACCACUUGCAUAUUUAUAAACGAGUCGUUGACUUAGCCAGGGCAUCAAACCUUAUUCUUUCCAUGGAACCAAGUGGGCCGCGCACCGAGAGUGUCCGUGAAAGAAAAGCAGAUAAAGACAUAGACACUUUAGCAUCUUCAUCAAAAGUUGAAAACAAUAUUGAUUCGCUAACUGUUCAGGAAGCGAUGGCCUUUAUCGCCAACGGAAUCAUCGAGCUUGCUUUAGAUACGUUUAUGUUUGAAUCAACUUAUUUGUAUUUGGGGCCGUAUGAAAAAACGAAAAUUCCAGUGUACUUUACUAAAAUAGAAUGCAUAGGUUAUCACCAAAAUUACUAUGAAUUUGAAUUUAUUGAUCCUGAAACUGAAAUAGUUAAGAUCAGAAAAACCUUAAAAGUCUACGCUGAGAUACUUGCACAUCCAAUAACAAUACAUCCAGUUAUAUUAGACAUGUCUAAAUCGCCAGUUUCUCAUGGCUAUUGUGAAGAUAAUUUCGUAGUCUCAAACAAUCAUAAACUUUACCCAGUUACCGUUAAAAUUAAAUUGACUACUAAAAUGAAGAAGAUGUUCUAUGUGGAACCCAUGGAAGCUAUUAUCCCGGAAUCAUCAUGUGUGCCCUUCGCAGUUAAAUUUUGUUCACGAGACUUCUUGUCGCCUAAGCCUUCGGAAGAUUUAGUUCAUUUUACUUUCAAAGUUAUAGUCCUUGGCUAUAAAGCUGUAUACGAUAAUGUACCGCCAUUCUUUUACGAAGUGAUUGCGCCUUGUGCCGUAGAGUUUAAGAGGGUUUAUAACUCAAAGUAUUUUCAGGAUACUGAAUGACUCACCCAAAAUCUGUAUUUUUGGAAACCAUAGCAAG